UCCCUUAUAAAUACACACACAAGUCAUUUCUCCGCUUCACAACCCCAAUCAACAACUCCACAAAUCCUCUUCUGCAGUAUCUUCUUUUUCAAAAACCACCCCUUCCCAAAGGAAAAAGAAUACAAAUCAGAGAAGAAGCUCAAGAGCAAGAAAAAGCAGCAAGAAUGAGAACUCUAAGAACCUUAGACACUACUACCUCCAAAAAAUUCACAACACCUUCAACAACAACCACAAAGCCAACUUUUUCAACUCCUGCAAUAGUACAGAAGUCCCUAUGGCACUCUCCACUGCCAUAUUUGUUCGGUGGCCUCGCAGCGAUGUUAGGACUAAUUGCUUUUGCCCUUCUGCUCUUGGCAUGUUCUUACUGGAGACUGUCAAGCAGCAUAAACAAUCAAGAAAGCAGUGGUGAAAGGGAUUCAGAAGAAGGUGGUGAUGAUGGGAAAGCUGAAAAUGCUGCAGCAGGAAAAGCUAUGCCUGGUUUUGAAGAGAAAAUUGUAGUGAUUAUGGCUGGUGAUGUCAAGCCAACUUUUCUUGCAACUCCCAUGUCCAGCAAAGCUUCUUGCUUUGGAGAUGGAUUCAAGAAGAAUGAGAAUUUUGGCAAAGAAACGGAAGAGAUUGUUGAGAGACCAAAACAUGAGGUAUCAGAUCAUGAUGAGCAAACAGUAAGAUCAGCUGAGGAUGGAAAUCAAAGUCGAGAAUCAACCGCUGCCCAAGAAAGCCCAGAAGAAAACCAGCCAUGAAUUGCUUUUUUUUUUUUUUAAGACUCACAUCUUUCUUAAAGAAAGAGAGAGAAGAGAAAAGGAGAAAGAAAGAAAGAGUUUCUUUGACUUAUAAAACUCUUUUCUUUCCUUCUUAAUUUGUUUUCUAUCUUUUUUUUUUUUUGGUUCUUUCAAUUUUGCAUUGGGGUUUU